UGGGUGUCUUAUGUGUCAUGUGUGUCUUAUGUGCAUAAUGUGUUAGGGGUUGUGACUUGUGACUAUAGGAGCCAAACCUGGGGUGUCAGGGCCUAAAAUUUUCUUCACUGCAUUAGUCAGUAAACAUCAGCAUCAAAUUUGUUUUAAAUAAAGCUCGUCUAACUAUCUCUGCCUCCCCUGCUUUUUAAAAAGUUUGGCAACUAUGGUUGGGACCUCACUUUUUAUAAAAAAAAGAUAUUUCUUCUUGCUGUGCCCCUGGUUGUCUAUGUGCAUGGUGUGUCGAUAUGUGCAUGGUAGACUUGCAUGUUAUAUCAUACCAGCUGCUCAAAUGCAUGGCGAUGUUCAGUAUGUAUAGCAGAUGUUGUGCGACUAUUUAGAAUCAAUAGAAUAUUCAUAGCAAGAAGACAAGAUAAUUAUUCGUUAGCUCAGUUUGCUCAGCAGCAAUAGAAUACCAGAGGCAAGUAGAUUCAAUUAUGUUACUUCUGCUACCAGGCAUAAUGUUAAGGAGUCAUUUUACGGCUCAUCUGGUCUAAAAUUUCCUUCUCUUCGUUGUUUUAAUCAACCUGAUCUUCGUUACUAUAUUCGAAGAAAGAAAUUAUGUUAUGUAAAAAUAUUAAUUUUAUUUCAACGCUUUGUCUGCCAUCGGCAAAACCUGUUGUUACCUAAGUAAUUGUUGCUUCCACCCUCCAAGUAGUAGAUUGCAUGAUUAGUUUAAAGGACCAACCACUGAAGGUUGCUUUCCCCACCCUUGACCUCCCAACCAACCACCCACCCACUGACUUCCCCCCAUCCAACAUCCCUGUGGUGACAGUGACAGCAAACACCCCUGUUAAUGAUGAGGAUGAAGCGGUGGGGCAACAUGAGACACCUGAUGGGGAAGAUAGGACGUACAAGAAAAUUUACCCGGAGUUACCAAGUUUGGCUUCGAUGGAUUUUGAUGCAAAUGUGGAAGAAACGAAAUCUGAGGAUGCUGAGAAACAGGAAGAAGGGUCUUUAUCUAAUGAUGAUGUUGGUCAUUUUGAAAAAGAAGAAGAAGAAAAGCAAGAGUCCUCCAAGGAUGUUGAUGAUGUUGAAGAGAAGACAUCAAGUCCGGAUGUAAGGAGCGUUCCUCGCACGGUGACGUUCUCUCCGAUGGUUCACCAACGUGAGAUUCCUCCUCUUGGUUACGAAGAUCUUGGUGUAGAUGUUGCAGGGAGCGAGGAUGUGAGUUUGAUCUCAGGAUCAUUGGAUGCGGGUGAGAAAGAUGGGGAAGAGGAGGAGAAGGAGGUGAAUGAAGAUCUGCCAGAGUUUAACGCAUAUCAGUUGAUGGAGGAUGGGAAAGAAGGAGUGAAGGAUCAUCAUGUUUCCAACACAUCAAAAGAGGAUCAUGUAAAAGAGGAGAAUCAUCAGGAUGAAGAUCAUCUUGUUCUCUCCCAGGAUGGAAAGGAAGAAGGAGCCAACAUCCAACCAUUAAUAGAAGAUUCCCAAGCAUGUAAUGCUGGUCAAACCUCAGAUGAAACUGAACCCGAUGAGUUCAACGCAUAUUUGCUGAUGACAGCAACUGAAUCCACGACGACACCCAAUCAACAAAUCCCAUCAACUACUGUGGUACAAACCAAAGAUAAUUCAAAUUUGCAUGAACAGAUGACGAUUAUGACAUCAUCAGAAUUUAAUGCUUAUGAUGUCAUAAUGACCACACAACAUGUCUCGAACACAACACAAGAAGUAACCAUGGCAACAGCAUCUUCAAAUGUUGAUGGUACAUCAACUGGAACAGAUUCAUCCAAUGCCCAGCAUCCAACCCAAGGAGAUGAACCUCCUGACUUUGAUGCGUACAAGAUCCUUAUGUCAAUGGAAGACAAUCCCCGUGCUUCUAAUGAUUACAAACAUGAUGCAGAUGUUGAAGAUGAUGUAAUAGGUGAUAAAGUAAAAGAAGAAGAGCGAUUUACCCCAGGAAGCAAUGAUGAUGCUUUGAACCAAGAUCCAUCAGAAACUAACCCAUCUUCAAGCAAUGAUCCACCACUUAAAGAUGUACAAGUCGUGACCCCAUCAGCACCCCCACAAUCCCCCCCACACCAGCACACCAACACCACCUCACCCAUCUCCCCACCAAUGGUGUUCGAUAAUCCACUUGAUGCACCAUUGGAUUACGCCAAAGUAGAACCAGAUCAACAACAAUCAACAUCUAUUAAUAAACCCAUUUCCCCACCAACAGGUUACAACCAAGCAGAAUCUUCUGUGUAUGUUUAUAAAGAUGGGAACGAAGAAUCUGCCUCACUAACUCUCACCCCGCCUCCAAAGGAGUACGGGGAUAAACCAGAAUCUCCUGCACUCUCUGCUAUUACGGAUGUAGACAAAGAAUCUGCGUCAAUCCAGAUACCAACAGAUCCUGCUGCAUUACAACUUUCCAACCCAGAAUCUUCCACAAUCGAGGAUAAAGAAAAAGAUGAAUCAUCAACCCCUGGAUACCCGAUUCUACAUCCAACAAAUCAUGCGAAUGUCAUAAAGGAUUUUGAAAUAUCCACAAAUAAAGAUGAAGAAUCCACUUCACCCACCACUCCUGUAUUAGAUUACACCCAACAACAAUCUUGUACAUCUGAUGAUAAAGAUAAAGAUGGAUUAUCAAGUCCAACAUCCUCGUACCCUCUUUCCUCUCAAACAGAUCAUUCUAAUCUCCAACAAGAGCAACCAACAUCAUCCUCCACCAAAGAUGAAGAUCCUCCACUCAUCCCCGCAUCAUCUCAUCCCCUUCCACCUCCAGCAGCUUUCAACGAUCCUCCAGGUCUUCCAGCAGAAUACGUGAGGAUCAAAGAUUUAACGCCAUCAUCAUCAUCGUACGUUGAACCUCAGUUGGUCCAAGGAGCUUCCAUUGACUUCGUUGCAUCCACUAUGACAUCACACAAUGAACCUACUAUGACAUCAGAAUCGUUUGAAUAUAAUGAACGAAUGAUAAACGAGAUGGUUCAGCAAGAAGAUGAACAGGAGGCUGAGGUCUUGGAUCAAGUUACGAAAAGUCCCCAUCCUGAUCCUACCCAAGGGGAAGUCCCAGCCACACCUUCUCCUGAUAUGAAACCUGAUUCGGUGCAACGAGACGAACAAUGAUGUCACAUCAUGUUUAUGUUUAACUUACUGCGUCUAAAACUGAAUUUCAGUUAAAAAUAAUUGGUUUUAAAUGUGGGUUCCCACAGAUUCUUUGCGGUAAUUUAAUGGGUUAAACAUGGCAGUAUUAAUUACGAAUAACUGUGCGGAGAUUUUAUGUUUAGCUCCUAUGUUCAAAUGUUUUUCUGGCAGUUUAUUGUUUGUACAGAUAUAUUGAAUUUGUAUGCAUGGUUUUAGUGUGGCUUCGUAAGAGUAAAAAUUCCUAAAAAAACCUGAUGCCCCGGUGGUAAAUUUACUUAUAAUGUGGAGUGUAUUUAUAUUUACUGUAUUCAUAGCUACUCUGAUGAAAGUAAUCUGUAUACAUUAUCAAAAUGUUGGUACAAACAAUUGAAAGCCAGAAAAGCUUUAACGUAUCCACAAUAUGCCUGGCUGUUCAUUUACUUAAUAUAUGUUCCCUGUACAAAGUUAAUUUAUAUUGUAGUUCCACAUUGUUAUUGCUUGUUGUAACUUAGAAUAAAACACCAUCAGCUUUUACUA